GUACCACCGCGACGUGACGACCCGCAACAUCCUGGUGGAGGCCGACUGCGAGGGGUACCAGUUCUCGCUCGUGGACUUCGGCCUGGCGGUGGACGCCGGGCAGUGGCAGGCGAGCACCUGCGACGGCAGCGUCAACCUCGCAGGCGACGGCCGCUACUGGCCCUCCUCCGCCUGGCUCGCCUUCUCGCGCGGCAGGGAGGACCCCCCCUCCCGCUGUGCCGCAGCCCGGAGCUGCGCCGCGAGUACCAGACCAGGAUGGACUCCCACGCACUGGGGGUGACGGCCCUGCGCUGCCUGAUGGAGCUGUGGCGGCCAUCGCAGGAGUGCGAGCCAGACGGCGUGCUGGGCGAGAGGCUUCGGCUGCUGCGGUCCGCGUGGAAGAGGUACUGGUCUGACUCCGAACGCUUCUGGCAGCCAGUGUACCGCGUGUUCCAGAAAGGUGGCGACUUCGGCAAGCUGCGGAGCGCGUACGUGGCGGCCGGGGUCCACCACGCCCUGAGGGACGACCUGCAGGCGCUCCACCGGGCCCUCCGCGGCGUCGCCUGCCACUGCGGCGGGCCCAGCGCCGCGACGCCGGCGAGCAGCCCGCGUGCGCCAGGCUGCGGCCCGGCCGAGCUCUUCGACGCGCUGCUGCGCCUGAUCAGCCCGGGCACCGGCGGCCGCGAGGACACCCCGGCGGGCGAGCGCCCGGCACGCUCAGGGCUCGACGCCGCGGCCCCGCGGCGGGGGGCCGAGGGCCAAGGCCAAGGCCGCAGCCCGCCGCCCGACGGCCACGCCGCGCAGGGUGCCGCGCCCUGCGCACCGCGCGCGCAGCAGCCGCCGAAGACGCCGGAGGCCUGCCCACUGCCGCUCCCCGCGCGCGGGCUCGCGUGGCCGCCCAGCGCCCCGUCCUCGCCUUCGACCAGGUCGCCGCACUCUCCGCUCGGGGCGCUCAGCACGCCGAACUACGCUACCCCCAUCUCGGCGGCUGCAGGAGAUCUGCGGCCUUCCGCCUCCCGGGUUCGCCGGCCUCCUCGUGCGCCGGGUCGUCGCCGCAGGCAGUCUGCAUGGUGCCAGCCCCCGUUGCAGUUGGUUGGCUUCAUUGCGCCGCCAGCGCGCACCUCGCCCCCGCGGUGUGCCAGCAGAGCUUCCUGCAGCCGGCUGCUCUGUGGGUCGGAACUGCGCCGCUGGCGCCGCUGGACGGGCGGGCGUGGAGGUAUCCAGGCGUUCUGACACGGUAAUGAGAUGGCCGAGUCGGUUCGCACGGAUUAUUGGGAGGAGGCACGUGCGCGAUUUUCCGCGCUUGUCCUCGUCAUGCGGAAGCUGCGCCGCUUUACCCUCCCUUCCUCCCUCCCCCCCUCGGCCCCCUCCUUCACAACUGGGUCGGUGUACCGAAUUUCCUUUUUGGGGGUGCCCCCGCCCCGACCGUCUCGAUAGGCAGGCGAUGGUUUUUUUUUGGGCUCGCCUCCAGCCUCCGAGGUCCAAAUCUGGCCUCGGGCGGAGGCCCAGUAGCUCAGCGCGGGCCAAGGCAGCCGCACACGCACGGCGCGCCUCGCUCUUGCACACGUUUCGUGCACCUCGUUUUCCGACUGGGGCGGACCGGCGGGCUCGCGCCAGCGCGCGCCAGCGCGGCUUGGUCCCGCGAGCCCGUCGCCCGCGGCGCCCGGAGGCAGGCCUCGCACCAGGCCUCGGCAGGCGGCGAAGCGCCGCCUCGGCGCGGUGGCGGCAGCUCUAGGUAUGAUCACCGGGGGCGCCC